CUUCCCGUUCCCGUGUUAUGUACGCGUGGUCUCUAGUUGAGAAAGAAGCAAAAAAAUACUGCCCUGGACCACAGAACCCGGCUGAUGUACCCACUAGAGGAAUGUCUUCGAAUGAAUUGAAAGAAAGUCGGUUAUGGUGGGAAGGACCUGCCUGGUUGAGAAGUUCUGAAGAAGAAUGGCCAAAGGAUCUACAAUCGGCAUCUUUAAAUGAACAUGUUGAGAUUGAGAGAAAGCAUCAAGCCAGUAUCAAUAGUUAUGUCAUACAACCACAAGAGAUAUUUGUUGACUUUACCAGAUUCAGCAAGUACUAUAAGUUAUUGAGAACCAUAGCAUGGAUAAAGAGAUUUAUCCACAAUGCUCAAGUUAAGCAGGACAAAAGAAGACAUUUUGUCUUAACUGGAUUAGAAAUCCAAGAGUCAGAACGUUGGUUGGUCAAUCGAAUCCAAAUAGAACGGUUUUCAGAGGAAAUUUUGUUGAUUCGACAAAGUAAAGCAUUGAACGAUAGUAAGUUAAUUUAAAACUCUUUUAAAGCACGGCCCAUUAAACAUAGUACGUAUGCACGUACUAAGUAUGUUUCAAUUAAUUGUGUAAACGUUCUCUGGUUAAAAAAAGAUUUAUUUAUUAACAAGCUUUCGACUGCCAGUCUGCAGUCUUGGACGGGUAGAUAUAUAAUAUCUACCCGUCGAAGACUGCAGACUGGCAGUCGAAAGCUUGUUAAUAAAUAAAUCUUUUUUUAACCAGAGAACGUUUACACAAUUAAUUAUGAAUCCUGGUUUCGCUUCCAACAUUUUUAAGUAUGUUUCAUUCAUAUCUUCGGUUCAGUAAACGCUAUGUAGAUGAAAAUACCACCAUUCGACUAACUGCAAAAAUAUAUACUAAUUUAUAACGAUAGUUUUAGUCAAUGACUACAUUGUAGCGAUUUAUGAGCUUUGAAAGUCAAGAGAGCUCGUAUAUGAUGAAAUUACGCAAUAUUACUAACAAAUUAUAAACAUAGACAUACUUUCGCCGAACAUAACUUUGGGCCCUUGAGUCGCAUGCUCAUUGUGAUACUCCUGAUGGAUUAAGCAGUUAAAAAUAACAUGUAGAGUGUUAUUAAUUUUCAAGCUUAUAUCUUUAAAGUGCGACUUUUACUGCCGAAUAUUACAUUUCUGCUCUAAAUUUGCAAUAAUCCAAACCGGAAAUACGAGAAAAAUCGUCAAAACAAUGCGAUGCUUGUAUCGCGUGACUGUGGAAAUGCCAGAAAUGGAUUCUACAGGUCAAAGUGCACCUAUACGCGUGAGUUUGACGUCAUCCCGGCUAAAGGAGCUCCUUAUUGGUCAAGUAUUGCGUAAUACACGCGUGUGAGAGUAAAACCCGAUAUUUUGAAAAAUUCGAAAUAAAUAUUUCUAGUCGGCGUAUUCAAACGAAACUUUCUACACGAAAGCGCUUGAAUUCAAAGAGUAUCUUACUCAUAUAACCUUUCAAAAAACGACGAAAGUUUAGAAGAUAUUCAACUUUUUCUCCAUAUGAAACACAGACUGUUUGGCCAAGCGGUGAGUAUAAAUAUAUGAUUUUCGCUUUGUGUCAAUGUUCUGACGGCACUUGACCCCCCGUUCGAAAGGUUAUUAUGUAAGGAUUUUAAUGGUGUCUUUUGUUUUAAAGGGGGGUAAAUACUCGCCGAGAUAUUCACUUUAGAAAAUUGGACCGUAAUGUAAUGCGAAACCGGCCUGAUGAGAAAUUAAUUAAUUAAUUAAGAAACUUGAAUCCUUUCUUGUGUCAGUCUACCGGUUUGCUUCGUGUUGGUGUCCGAAUCCAUAAAGCUGAGUUGCCCGAGGAGGAGAAACAUCCCAUUAUUUUACCUAGUGAUCAUCCUGAUGUAGAAUUAUUUGUUCAAGCUAUUCACCGUCGUGAAAUGCAUGCUGGCGUUGAGCAUACAUUGUCAGUGGUCCGUCAAAGAUUUUGGUUGAUAAAAGGAAGAGCUACGAUCCGAAAUCGUAAAGAGAUGUAUAGUGUGUCGUCAGUUUUACACCAAGCCUGUCUCUCAACAAAUGGCACCUCUUCCAGCUGACCGAAUUAUACCUGCACCUCCAUUCACAAACGUUGGUUUGGACUUUGCUGGACCUUUGUAUCUUAAGAACCGUGGUGACAGGGCAUAUAUUUGCCUUUUUACUUUUGCUGUCACUCGUGCACUACACUUAGAAUUGGUAAGCAACAUGACAACUGAACGGUUUUUGCUGGCGUUACAACGUAUGGUUGCAAGAAGAGGCAUGUGUAGUAUUAUUUGGUCAGAUAAUGCAAAAACGUUCGAAUGUGCUAAAAAGAGUUACACAGUUGUUGGCGAAUCCUGGAAUCCGAAGAAACCCGUACAGCUUUGUCUGAGAAGAAGAUUCAAUGGAAAUUCAUAAUACCCAGAGCCCCUUGGUGGGGUGGAUUUUAUGAACGUCUCGUGAAAAGUGUUAAGUUGCCGCUGAAGAAAAUCUUUGGAAAUGCAAUGUUAGACGCCGAGCAAAUGACCACCAUUCUGACGGAGAUCGAGGCUCAAAUUAACAGUCGUCCUCUUACUUACAUUGGAGCUGAACCAAAUGAUUUAAAGGCCCUUACGCCAGCCCAGAUUUUCAUUGGGAGAAAUUUACAGGCGUUUCCAAGCAAAGAUACGAAAGUUACGGAGCACACUUCCAACGCCUUAAAGAAACGAUUACAAUAUCAUCAACGUUUGGUAAAUGGAUUUUGGAAGCGAUGGAAUGCGGAAUAUCUAAAGUCGUUAACCACUUUAAAAAAAUGGAUCGAUAUUGGUCGAAAAAUGCAUGUGGGUGAUGUAGUACUCGUAAGUGAAGAUAAUGUUCCAAGAGGACAAUGGCCGAAAGCCCGUGUUGAGGCAACGCAUGAAAGAAGAGAUGGUCUGAUCCGAUCUGUAACGUUACGUUUGCCCUCAGGCCGCCAUACCCGUCGUCCUGUACAAAGACUACACGUGUUAGAAACUUGUGAUGCUGACAUAGCAGCAGGACUAAAGUAAACAUUGAACAAUAAUUAGCUAGUUUGUUGACAUUUGUCAGUUAAUGAAA